ACUUCGAAACAUGUUAUCGAUAUCUAUUGUUUAUUUUGGAGAUAUAUUAUCAACACACAACCCCGUUGAUUUGUCUAAUGAUUUUAUCAUUAAAAUAUCCAAUGAAUCAGAUUAUCAGAAUGUUAUUUUGGGGAGAAAAGAACAAGAUGGACUCGUUUGUAUAUUAUAAGUAACUCUUGAACUCACACUUGUGUUCACUCCUAUCAAGUUGAGGUUAGGGAAUAAUAAGUAAAGAGUAAAAAAGACAGUAUGGAGGAAAUCAUAGGUGAGCACAGCGUCCAUGUUGUUUCGGAGGUGGAGCCGGUUUCUGCAAAAGAGCUGCCUAAAAAGGUCAAGCGUGUAGCGUCGCUUGAUAUCUUCCGUGGUCUUACUGUUGCGCUUAUGAUCUUGGUUGAUGAUGCUGGAGGAGAAUGGCCAGCGAUUGGUCAUGCACCAUGGAAUGGCUGCAAUCUCGCUGAUUUUGUCAUGCCUUUCUUUUUGUUCAUUGUGGGCAUGGCCAUCCCACUUUCUCUCAAGAAAAUACCGAAUAAACUUCUAGCUGUUAAAAAGGUGAUAGUAAGAACACUCAAACUCCUCUUCUGGGGUCUGCUCUUACAAGGUGGUUACUCACAUGCUCCUGACCAUCUAUCUUACGGAGUUGACAUGAAACACAUACGGUGGUGUGGCAUUCUUCAGAGAAUUGCUCUUGCAUAUUUGGUUGUGGCACUGGUGGAGAUAAUUUCAAGAAGUAGACAAGAUAGAGAUGAUCCAGAACCCACAAACCUCUCAAUCUUCACGUUGUACUAUUGGCAUUGGCUGGUAGCGGCAUGUAUACUCGUUGUUUACAUGCCUUUACUGUAUGGAAUACAUGUUCCAGAUUGGCAAUUCACUGUCCAUAAUCCAGACAGCAUAUAUAAUGGCACCACUUUCACCGUGACCUGUGGUGUCAGAGGGAAACUUGACCCUCCUUGCAAUGCUGUGGGAUAUAUUGACAGAGAGGUGCUUGGAAUUAAUCAUGUGUAUAAGAAGCCAGCUUCGAGGAGAUCUGAAGCUUGUACCGUGAAACCCCCAUAUGAAGGGCCUUUUAAAAAAACUGCUCCUGCGUGGUGUUAUGCUCCUUUUGAACCAGAAGGAAUUUUAAGCUCAAUAUCUGCUAUUCUAUCAACGAUCAUCGGAUUGCAUUAUGGACAUGUACUCAUACACUUGCAGGAUCAUCUUUCUAGAUUAAAGCAAUGGAUUCUCCUUGGCUUAGCUCUCCUUACUUUAGGAUUUAUUCUUCACUUCUCUCACGUCAUUCCUCUGAAUAAACAGUUGUACACACUGAGCUAUGUUUGCGUAACAUCUGGUGCUGCGGCAUUAGUUUUUUCAGCCUUCUAUGUAAUGGUUGAUAUUUGGGGACUGAAAUUAUUGUUCAUCCCUUUUAAAUGGAUCGGUAUGAACGCCAUGCUUGUCUAUGUCAUGGCAGCUGAGGGAAUCUUUGCAGGAUUCAUUAACGGGUGGUAUUAUGACGACCCUCGUAAUACAUUGACCUAUUGGAUCCAAGAGCAUGUCUUCAUUAGAGUUUGGCAUUCAAGGAGUGCAGGCAUUCUACUGUAUGUGAUCUUCGCCGAGAUCCUAUUCUGGGCUGUCAUAGCAGGCAUUUUGCACCAAUUGGGCAUAUAUUGGAAGCUUUGAAUUUAAAAAUUAAUGAAUGUGCAAGGUGAUUUUCAUUUAUUGAAUAUCCUUGUUGCUGAAUUUCAAUUUGAUUAAUAUGUAAUCAUGUUAUAUCUAUUGACGUUAUUCAUUUUGUAAUAUGUUAUUUUACAUUGUAUUAAUGUAAUUAUGUGUUGGUAAUAACCGAAUCAUUUUUAA